AUGGAUUUCGAGAGUUACAAUUUUAUUAGUGAACAUGACAGAUACCGAGGAUGGUUGUUAUCGUUGGCAGUAGCGAAAAUUUGCCGUUGUCGUUCGGUACGUUUAGGAAAAUGCGGUCUGUUUUAUGUGGAACAUAUUAGACUUUGUUUAAGUGGCGGCAUCGUAAUUGAAGUUGAUGAUUUUCGCUUAACGAUCAGUUUCUUCAAUACACAUUAUACGAAGCCUUUCAUAGUCACGAUUAGUGACAUCCGUAUCGAAGGUGAAUGUAAUGAACAAUUGUCUCUGACACCAACAUAUAAGAGGCGAUACAGUCAUAAAGAUUUUGAAAGAUAUCUUCAUUGGUUACAAUAUACAAGUGCAGUAAUUCGUACUGCGCGUGUUGUAUUUCUUGGUAUAGCUCCAGGAUCCUUAUUGCAUUCAACUUUUCAACAACUACAACUUGAUGGAUAUCGAGAUCGUGAAGGGAUGCAGGUUGAACUCUCUUGUAAAUUAUUGCAAGCAAAAUUGUUCAGUCGUGGAAUAUCUCAAAAUACUGCUCCGCUACUUGUACUUUCAUUAGGGUUAUCAGUGUGUUGCAAUAUACCUUUGGGUAUUUCGAAGUUGAAGCGACUUGCUGCCCGUAUUACUGAUCCUCAACUCAUUCUUUCGGAUGGUCUUUUGGACUAUUUUCAUGAUUAUCCAAUACGUCAGACGACAAAAAGCACAUCAGAUCAAUUUUUUGCAUCUUUUAAUAUUGAAAAUCUCCUGAACACAAGUCUGAAACUGGAUAUCGAGAAUCUAGUAUUGAGAUAUACAGCCAACAUGGAUUAUUCAAAAAUACGUACCGUUGCUGCAAGGUUAAAUGUAGCAUCAAUAUCAACGAAAGAUAAUCAACGAUUUGCUGUUGUUUUAACUGGGAUUAAUGUGGACGAUCAAACACGAGAGAUGUUAUUUAGCUGCAGUGAUUUUGAUACUAAAUUGAAUCGAGCGUUGGACAAUUCAGGAAAUAUCUUUGUCGAUAUGAAGAUAUUUAACCCCCAUUUUGUCACAAACCAGAAAUCUAUCGUUGAGUGGACCGAGUAUUGUCAUGAUAUUGGACAACGAAUUUCGACUUCUGCUAAGGAUUUACACGCAGUACCAAUGGAAAUGAAGCGGUUCUGUUGGGAAUCCUUAUCGAUAGAAGUAAAUUCAUUUCACGGUCGUUUAUUGCUUUCGAAUGGGCAAGAAAUCAAUGCUGGCCUUGAACUGGGAACAUUUCGCGUCAACGAUAAUUUCGCAUCUGCUGAACUUGGUUUAGAAUCGGUCUCGAUUCGACAAGGAAAUCUUUUUGUUGACCAUUUUGAUUCUCGGUUUUGCCAUGCUUGGCGCACAUUGUUAACUAUAGGAGCUUUGUUAACUCAGUAUUCUCGAAAUAAUGAAACGAAGAGACUGCUAGUCAAGUUGGUGGAGUGCCAAAUAGAAUAUGAGGAAGAGCUCAUCUGGCAGAUGGCUUCGUUUUUAUCAUCUCUUCUCUGUAGUGGUUCAUCAUCAACAACAUGCAAUUCGUCGUCUGCAUUUGUGCCUUAUCCGCCUCCACAAGUUGUUUUUGCAGUACAGCUUUCCGUAGAGAAUGCUGCUCUCUUUAUUCUGGCUCGACAUUCAUUAUAUCUUAUUUUAUCUAUCGAACAGCUACGUGUGGAUGCCUUGCCUUCUUCAACGACAUUGUCAGUGCUGGCUCUGAAUUUCAACAUAUAUCAGGGAACCGUGACAAAUGAGAAAUUCAUUUCGUGGGAUGACUCAUCACAAAUAAAAUUAAAACAGACUUGCGGAAACAGUGAUCGCUUGAUGAUGCGACUUACUCGAUUAUCGUCAUCUUGGGAAUGGGUUUUGCUGGCUGAAUCAACAGUGAGUUUGGUUUGGAGUACCACCGUGCAUAUUAUUUUUCUAGAAACUUUUCGAAGUUUGAAACAAAUCUCAGGUCUUUUUGGGCGAAAAACACCGUCCAAGGGUGCUCAACCGUUUCAUUUCUGCAUCGAAACAUCCGAUGCUGUAAUGAUCAAAUUCCAGUUACCGAGAUCUCACGUGAUGUGCUGGGAAGUGCCAUCGUUACAUAUACGGUACAUGGAUAAUAUAAUAAUCGAAAUGCCACAGUUCACUGCUCUCUUGGAUUGUCAUCCUAUUCUUAUGAUUGAGAAGUUUAGUGUCGAAAAGCAAGCAUUUGAUGCAGGAAUGGAUUUAGGCAGGAAUGAAUUUAAGAAUCUGAAAAACCGAACAAAUAAACUUUGGAUAUGGUCUGCCGAUGCGGUGAUGUUCGUUUUUCCAUACAAUUAUAAUUUUGCGGCAGGAUAUGAUGAGAUAAUUAAUGCAUGGAAGUGGAUAAAAUUAGUGCAUGGAUGGAAAAGAAAACCGUUUACUAUUGAUUCUCCAUUUCCAUCAGAUUUGCGCUUUUCAAUUAAAAAUGCUUCAUUACAAAUCAAUGAUGAUCCAUUUGAAGUGCAACUUCAAAAUAAUUACGAAUUAAUGGUUGAUGAAGUAUAUGAAUGCGAACGUCGGCGUCAAAUGUUAGAUCAGAAAUUGGAACAGCUUCAGAAAACACGUCCUUUUUUAUCACAAUCGAAGGCAGAUGAAUUACAUCGAUCUUUAACUAAGAAAAAUGCAGAAAUUUAUAUUGAAAGAUCCAAAAAGUUGCCGAAUUCCAGAAAACACCUUUGUUUAUGGUCAAUUACGAAUCUCGAGAUUCGUGCAUAUGCUGAUAUAACUUUACACGGAAAAGAAAAUGUGGUCAGACAUCUGAAAACUUUCAAUCCAGAAUCGCCAUUUCCAGCUGAAGGUAUGGAAUUCAGCACUCUGUGGGCACGUGCUGUUGAAAUGGAUUGUGACGAUUGGGUAAUGCAAUUCCGAGAUUAUCCGUUGCCAUAUGUUCUAAUGAAAGAUGCACAUUUUUGGGGAUAUCUGGUGGGAAGUGAACAACUCACAGGAUCUCGUUCAAUACGUACAACUACAGUAAGAUUGCCAGAACCUUGGGGGCAAUAUACCAUUGAGCGAAACAUGUGCCCUUUGAAAUAUUAUUAUGAUCUGUCAUGCGAGAUUAAAGAAUUGAACUGCACUUACGGACCUUGCUGGGAACCAUGCUUAUCAAUGAUUAGCCUUUGUUGGAAUAAUGUCAAUUUGCCAUCAAGUGAUCCAAGUCCCCCAUUGUCGUUUUGGGACAAAAUCCGGUUGCUUUUACACGGUCGUUUUUCUAUGCUUUGUCAAAAUUUGGUAACAUCGAUGCUUGCAUCCACAGAUCCAUAUAAUUCCACUGAACUGGUUGAGAUAUGCUGGAAAGAAUUUGGGUUCGAUUGGAUUACAGAUCAAUUUUGUGUGCAAACGGAUAUGGAUGCAUUCGUACGUACUGCAUCAAAAUAUGACGAAAGCCGUGUUUUACAUUUGCCGGGUUUUAAAUUCAGCGUGAAGAUGGACUGGGCGUGUAUUGGUGAUCCACACGAUCAUCAUAGUGCUCAGCCAUGCGCACCUGACAAGCUUCCUGAAUACUCGUCCACGAAUUUAGAACACGAUUCUUAUCGCGCAUUUCGUUCAUUGCACCUUGAUUUAGUUUUUACUUUCGAGAAUACAAUGACGACGGUUAACAGACCAAUAAAGCGUGGUCAGCUGUUUGGUGGAGACAAAACUAAAAAAAACCAACUCAGUCGACAUCUGAAGCACAUUCAGUUAAAUGUCAUGCUUCCGCGCUUUCUGAUUACUUACUGGAUGUCGUACUCCUCAUCGCAUGGUCUACGGAUGAUUAGUGAAAGUUUAAAUUUAACCUCAUCAUUAGAACUUCACAUUUUGCAAAAUGGCGAGCAGAAG